AUGAAGAUAAUCAAUAUUAUUAAUUCAGUAACUCUGGUUCUCACAUUUCUUACAUUUGGGCAGAAAAUGGAGAGUCAUAUCGGGCCACCGGAUAUUCAACUGCCACCACCGUCUCUUCGCCCUCUCUGUGCACCUCAGCUAGCACUAGUAAGCUAUGCUUGCGGAAUGUUAUCUUUCACUCCAGGAUCACAUCCUUCUCCAAUCCUGCCUCCACCAUCUCCUUCAUCCCCAGACGACGACGAAGGACACCAUAACGAGGGACAGCAAAGUCACCACCAUAGGCACGGACAUAGACACAGACACCACAGAACCUCGCAUGAAGAUAACUGUUGCAGGUGGGCUAGAGACAUAGACAGCCGAUGUGUGUGUGAGAUUCUAGUUAAGCUGCCUCUUUUCCUCACAAGACCUUUGCAUGAAUACACAGUGGUGAUAGGAGAAUCAUGUACGGUCACUUACUCAUGUGGGGGACCAAUAUGA